AUGAGUCCCCUCCAGAUCCCUAUCGAUGCGAUUACCUCGCGAUUCGGUGAGCGCUUCAAUAGUGUUCGUUCUCAAUCUUUCAGCACACGCUUUGCCAACCUUCGUCCUGUUUCCGAGUUCCUUGAUGUCAAGCGUAUCUCGAAGCCGGCCAACUUUGGCGAGGUCCAGAGCCGGGUAAACUACAACCUGUCUUAUUUCUCAAGCAACUAUGCCGCCGUCUUCGUGAUGCUCAGCAUCUACAGUUUGCUGACAAACCCGCUUCUGCUCUUUGUCAUCAUAUUCGUGACAGGCAGUCUCUACGGAAUCGGUAAGCUUCAGGGUCGAGACCUGGAUUUGGGUGUUGCCCGCUUCAAUACCUCCCAGCUUUACACAGGGCUGCUACUUUUUGCGAUACCUUUGGGAUUCUGGGCCUCGCCUAUUGCUACUGUGCUCUGGUUAAUCGGAGCCACCGGCGUGGCUGUUUUUGGCCAUGCCGCUUUUAUGGAUAAGCCUAUCGAGAAUGCUUUUUCCGAGGAGGCGGUCUAG